GCUGGCACUCGGGUGGCAGAAGCAGCGCGCAAGGCUGCGGGCUUCCGGCCACAGAGAGGCAAGCGCAGGAGCCCCGGCAGCCUCCAGAGCCACAGCCGGCCUUGCGGCUCCAGCACACCCAGUGCGCUCGCCUUCCGUUGCCCCGGCUCCUCGCCGCCUGCUCUGUCCCGGGUGGCCGGAGGCUUCCGACCCCUGGGGACCCCUACCGCCAACAUCAAGAACCCCUCGGCAAAGGAUCAGAGGCUGCUGGCGCCGGCAGCUUCAGUACCCACCAUGGGGAAACCAGCGAGGAGGGGAUGGGACUGCAAGCGAUUCCUCAAGAACAACUGGCUUCUGCUAUCCACAGUGGUCGCUGUGGUCCUAGGAAUUGGAGUGGGAGUCCUGGUCCGGGAAUACAGCAAGCUAUCAAACCUGGACAAGUUCUACUUUGCCUUUCCUGGAGAGAUUUUGAUGCGAAUGCUGAAGCUCAUCAUUUUGCCCCUAAUUAUAUCCAGCAUGAUUACAGGUGUCGCUGCUCUGGAUUCCAAUGUCUCUGGGAAAAUCGGUUUACGGGCUGUCGUAUAUUAUUUCUGCACUACAGUCAUUGCUGUUAUUCUUGGUGUCGUGCUGGUAGUGAGCAUCAAGCCCGGUGUGUCCCAGAAAUCUGAUCAGUUUGACAGGACAGGCAGCACCCCUGAAGUCAGUACAGUGGAUGCCAUGUUAGACCUGAUCAGGAAUAUGUUCCCUGAGAAUCUCGUCCAAGCCUGUUUUCAGCAGUACAAAACCACACGUGAGGAGCUGAAACCUUCAAGUGAAGGAGAUAUGAACAGCACAGGAGAAACCGUGACAGCCAUCAUGACGACUGCCAUUUCAAAUAACAAAACGAAAGAUUACAAAAUAGUGGGCACAUACACAGAUGGCAUAAAUGUCCUGGGAUUGAUUGUCUUUUGCCUUGUGUUUGGACUCGUUAUUGGGAAAAUGGGAGAAAAAGGGCAAGUUCUGGUGGACUUCUUCAAUGCACUCAAUGAUGCUACCAUGCAAAUCGUUCAGAUCAUUAUGUGGUAUAUGCCACUGGGCAUUUUGUUUCUGAUUGCUGGGAAGAUCAUCGAAGUUGAAGACUGGGAAAUAUUUCGCAAACUGGGGCUGUACAUGGCCACAGUGCUCAGUGGGCUUGCCAUACAUUCCAUUAUAAUCCUCCCACUCAUAUACUUCCUAGUCGUUCGAAAGAAUCCUUUCCGGUUUGCCAUGGGGAUGGCCCAGGCUCUGCUCACAGCCCUCAUGAUCUCUUCCAGCUCAGCAACCCUACCUGUUACCUUUCGCUGUGCAGAAGAAAAGAACCAAGUGGACAAGAGAAUCACCAGAUUUGUUCUACCAGUUGGUGCAACAAUCAACAUGGAUGGAACUGCCCUCUAUGAAGCAGUCGCUGCUGUGUUUAUUGCACAACUCAAUGACUUGGAUCUGGACAUUGGACAGAUAAUCACCAUUAGUGUCACAGCGACAGCCGCCAGCAUCGGAGCUGCGGGAGUGCCCCAGGCAGGGCUAGUCACCAUGGUCAUCGUACUGAGUGCUGUUGGCCUGCCAGCCGAAGAUGUCACCAUCAUCAUCGCUGUUGACUGGCUUUUGGACCGUUUCAGGACCAUGGUGAAUGUCCUUGGCGAUGCAUACGGAACGGGAAUUGUAGAGAAGCUUUCUAAAAAAGAACUAGAGCAGAUGGACGUCACAUCUGAAGUCAACAUCGUGAACCCCUUUGCCUUGGAAUCCACAAUACUUGAUAAUGAAGAUGCAGAGACCAAGAAAUCUUAUGUCAAUGGAGGCUUUGCCAUAGACAAAUCUGACACUAUCUCAUUUACUCAGACAUCACAGUUCUAGAGCCCCUUUUCAUACCCAGAGCUGGGAACAUUUCAGGACAUCACCACAAGAGGGAUCUCUCAGCAAAUCAAAACAUAAUUAAGGGGGGGAAAGCAAUUAGCCAACCUGAACACUUUUGAUUUGAUACCCAGACUUCCAGAUUAUUUUCUAUAUUGGAUGCUCAGCCCUUGCUCCAGAAAGUAGAGGAAGAAGGAGAGGGGGAGAGGAGGAUAGAGGGAUUGAGUAAGAAAGAAGUUUAAUUAUCUGUAUUUUUUUUAAUUAUCACUGAUUGAAUUUGGAAGUGUGUAAACCAGUGGCUGUUGGAAUCACAGCUAUAAAAUGGAGCAAAGAUUGUUCAGUUUUCCUGGGCAUAGUUCAAUGUUUCCCUUUUUCUUUUUUUUACUCUUCUGCCAUUCUGAGCCCAGGACUUUAUUUGAACUCUCCUUUGAUGUGUUUUCUUUUGCUUAACACAUCCUUUUUUUCCUUUUUUUUUUUUUUGGCAGAUUAUUCUGCAUCCAAAUAGUCCACUGGAUAAUGUGCCAAACUUUCCAUUUUGCACUUGUGUGAAGCAAACUACUUUGGAAAAGAAAGCAGACCAGCAGAGUCUUGCAAUAAACAUUUUAAGAUGGGGGUGGGGUGGGGUGGUCUCAUUUUGUGUUUUUAAAAUACUGUAUUGGAAGCCUAGGAACUAUUAACCCCACCACCACCACCACGUUCAUUAUCAAGAGGUCUAUUAUAUACAAAUAUUUAUUUUUUUCAUAGAGUUGCCAUAUUGAACCGUCGAUGUGAAAUAAAUAUUUUCCUUGUUCUUCAAAAGCAACUACAAAGCCACUGUUAAUAAGCCUGAGUCUCUAUCAGGGGCACAGAAGGAAGAAGUCAAUAUGGCUCCUACAGUAGCAUCUCUAUGUACGAGCCCCACAAGAGAUGGAAGGAAUGAAGAUGACCAGAGGUGGCCUGGCCAAUACUUUAGGACUUCCAGAAUGUAGCUGCUAGAGAAGAAAAUCCCCUCAUCUCUGCUCUGUAGAGGACAAUAAGACGGUAUACCACAGAGCCACUCACAGGCUAGUUAAGUUUUUAUACUUGUUUCUUAGAUCGCAGGGCCCUCUUAUCUUUGUCUUAUUGCCUCCAUCCAGGCCCAAAUGAAAGGGCCAGGCUGCAGCAGACAAGCACUAAAUGUCCUGGAUUGACCAGACCACCAGGACCAGAAGAGGACUGUGCCUAUGAUGGAUUUCCACAGACAAGAAACUCCAUAGUGUCUGAUGUGUGUAUGCAAUACCCCAGGAGAGGCUCUUCCAUUCCUUGAUCCUCAUUAUUCUCUCCUGGGGAACUGUCCAGCUCUACUGAUCAUCAUUCCCCUGAACUAUAAGGAAGCUCAUGCUUUGACUGUCCAUCAUUUUGUAAAUAAUGCUUAGCAUAAAACUGCACUUAACUCUGUUGUCCAAAAUAAUCAAGUUUCUGCAGUAUUAGCCCAUUUCAACCUAUGCUUUUGUAUUUAAGAAAAUCAGGAAAUGUGCCAAAGAAACAAUGAAAAGAAAAGAAAUGUGGAUAUAGACUGACUGCACCUUAAAUUAAGUUUGUGAGAUUAAAAAAAAUGACAAAAAAAAAACCAGCACUGUAUGUAAUCCCAGCCCCAGAAAAUGUCCAGUGUGAUGCUCUGUGAAUUUUAGAAUCCCAGUAUCUGUGUUGUUUAUAUGAAAUAAAGCUCUCUCGCUCUAAACAAAGAAAA